CGCUGGGUAGCGGAAGGAUGGCGAGUGCGCCGGGCGGCUUUUCGGAUGAGCAGUUCCAGGAGGCCUGCACCGAGCUCCGGCAGCCCGCACUGGCCGGGGCCGACUGGCAGCUGCUGGUGGAGGCCUCGGGCAUCACCAUCUACCGGCUGCUGGACCAGCCAUCUGGACUCUAUGCGUAUAAAGUAUUUGGUGUCCUGGACAACUGCACACCAGCUCUCCUCGCAGAUGUCUACAUGGACUUGGACUACAGGAAACAGUGGGACCAGUAUGUGAAAGAACUCUAUGAAAUGGAGUGCGAUGGAAAGAUGGUGGCGUACUGGGAAGUGAAAUACCCCUUCCCCAUGUCCAACAGAGAUUAUGUGUACAUCCGACAACGGCGAGACCUGGAUGUGGAAGGAAGGAAGAUCCACGUGGUCCUGGCUCAGAGCAUCUCUCUGCCUCAGUUUCCUGAGAAGUCUGGGGUGAUCCGAGUAAAACAGUAUAAGCAGAGCCUGGCGAUCGAGAGUGAUGGCAAGAAGGGGAGCAAAGAAUGGAGUUCCAAACUUUUUGAAAGAGACAGCAAAAGCCUGUCACAACUACCUCAAGAAAACCUAAGAAGGAGAAUCAGACCUGGCACCCAACGAAUGACGUCUUUGAAUGUACCACAACCGGCUGAUGCUUGGUUUUCUUUUCACAUUUCUGUCUUCAGAGCCCACACGCCCUCUAGCACACAGCCCUAGGCCUGCUUGCCUGUCACCUGGUUCACCUGCUUGCCUCAUUUCUCAGUGACCCCUGGGAAGGCUGCCUUCUUCCACUAUUGAAUAGGAUGCCUGCAUUUGUUUAUAAAUGAUCAGUGAGGAGCAGGGGCAUUCCAUUGUUGCAAUUUUAGGGGGAUGGGUAGGUGGAGGAAAGACAACAAAUUCUAAGUGACCAUUCCUGGCAAGCAGGCUUCUUAGAAUAUGCUUCCUUGAAACACAGUAGCUGCUGGAGGGGGGCCUUUGGCCCAGGGCUGACCUUACAUGCCCCAGAACUGGAGACUUAGGCUGAUGUUCAUUCUCUUUAUGCUUUGUUGACUCCAGUAGGUUAGGGUUUGAAGUCAGAAGCAAGUUGGCCCUGUUCCUGCUUGGAGAAAAUCAGCAGCUACUUUGAUAUCAGACCAUUAGGAGAAGCGUCCUAGGCCCGACUAAGCACAUGCUGUGAUAAUUACCUUUUCCUGAUCGCUGAUAUCUGGGUUUGUCUCUUUCCCAGAAGCCACUGGAAAAUGCCGCUUAUACCUCUCUAGUCAUGUGUGUAACUGCAGUCUCAAGGCCUCCAGAACAAAGAUGGCUUGUGCAUAGUUCUAUGAGACUGUCUGUGUAGUAAGGUAACUUUCCCUUCUAGAAUGUUUGGAGAUGUUGAAGGGGAAGUAAUGGUUUACAACCAGGUCAAAUUUAAUUAGUGAUUUGGUGAUCCUUUACCUUUACUCUUAGGAAUUCUACCUCUUCUACUAUCAAAAGGCUCCAUGUUUUAUCCUGAAUUUUGGUAGGGAAAGAUACUCUUGCUAUGGCACAGCCUUAAUGAUCUCAGGGAAAAGUUGAAACUACUCUGUGUGAUGGUACCAAACCUUGGUUGAUGGUUAUAGAAAUUCAGGAUGCAAAGCCAGAGUUGUGCAAAUGGGAUUCCUUGUAGUAUUCCUCAGGGGAGAAAGGUGCCGCACGGUGAAUAAAUACAGACUGACUUGGACUUCUCGUGGGCACAGCUUCCUUCCUGCCCUUUUCUUGUAAGAGAAACUUUGUCAGGUCCUUUUUGUUUGCACUAACAUCCAGCUCAUGGGCGUGAACAGAAGGGAAUUAGGAGCUCUCUUAUAGGCAAGGCCGGGCAUACUGGCUUCAGGUAGGUACUGGCAUGGGGCUCAAAUUAAGCUUAAGAUUCAUCUCUGUUCUCCAAGUUGUCUUUGAUGUUAACCUGCGUUUGGUGGUAGGAAUACUGCUAACAGCAGUAAAUAGGCUCAUACUAAGCAGAAAAAGAAAGAUGCAUAGAAAGUAAUAAAGGAAGAAAAAAGAUUUCUUUUCAAUAGGUACUGUGUUGUCGUGCAAAUUAAAUUCUCCCUAUGGUAUAUGCCUGCUGGGGCCCAGUCAUUGUGUUCCUAUGGCUAGGGUUAUCUAAAUAAGCUAACGUUUCAUAAAUUUGUCAUUAAAAUCUCAUCAUGCCUUCUACCAUGAGUGCAUAGACCCUUUGCAAAUGCAAACACUAAGGUCACGGUUUUUGAACAGAACUGACAUGAAAUGGUGCCACACAAGUCUUUUCUUUAAACAGUGAAGGACUUUGAUAACACUAAGCACAUCAAAUGGCUUUGUUGUUGUUUGUUUUGUUUUGAGAGAGUCUCUCUGUAUCAACCAGGCUGGAGUUGAACUCACAGUCCUCCUGCCUCAGCUUUCCAGGUGCUGGGAUUACAGCUUAACCAAGUUUUAGGUAAGGCACUUGGGUAAAAGUAUUAAAGUUGCUAUAGUUUGUAUAAUCAGUGGCUGGCUUUUUGCCUUACUUAUUUGAGGACAACCCUACAUAACAUAUAAAUAUGAAAACCGCGGGAAACUGGGAAACACCUGCCUGAGUUCUAGUUGAUUCCAGAACCGUGAAAAAGAAGUAAAACUGAUACUCAGGUGCACCUGAGUUCCAUGGAGGUGGAACUUGAAAAUUAUAAACAUACUGCAGCAAUGUUGGGCUUGUUUUUCCCAUGUCUGCCUCAUAGAGGAGGCAUUAAGUUUUGGGGUCGAAGUAAUUAUUGUACACUGAUUACUGGCUGUAGGGUAGCAUGCAGUAGGCCUUCAAAUGGCAACAAGGUGAAUCAAUAGCUUAGAGAAGAAUGAAAAAAUGAUGUAAACUCAGAAGAUGCAACAUAUCCAGAUAGAAAGCCUCGUUCCCAUUGGUCUAGGCCAAACAACUCCUCAAGCCAGUAUUUUGGGGGGUUUAGAUGCCUUAGGUUCACGCUGGUCGUGCUAAAGGAUGGCUUUGCUGGGAUGCAGGAUCAGGUCAUAUGUGGGCAUGUGUUUGGAAAUGGCUCAGCCUGGACUGAGCCCACCCCAUCUUAGCCAGGAUUUCAGGUGAAACUUACUGGCAAGAGUUGUAUUGCUGUGGGGAUAAAUUCUUUCCACAGGUGAAUUAUUCUCACUGCACACAAUUUUUAAAAGUUAGUAAUCACCUUGGAACUGAUGAGUUCCAGGAGACGGUCAUUUCCCUUGAAAAUGUCCCUGUUUCACAGUGAGAGUCCUGGCCUGGCUCCUUUGUUGACUUUGCUCCCUCAGGCCUCCCAUCCACAAGGCCUGCCCUUCCUACCUCCUGCUUCCCAGAGGGAUUCAGAAGAAACAAAGCAGGAAGGUACCACCUAGUCAGAGAAUCAUUUGUAAAAAGCAUGGAGACAUCUGGCCAAAGGCUGAGGUCAGCAGGUCUGAGGACAGGCAGGGUGGCUCCUGGAAUGAAUAAGCCAGACUCGGCACCUGCCCUCAAGGAGCUUUGUGGUCUGUUCAAGAAGAAACCGUGAACAAGCAGCUAAAGAGUAGUAAGUGCUAACGGAGGCUCCUGCCACAUGAGACGCCAGCCAGGGUUGAAGAUCAAGAAGAACUUCUGGGAGCUGGUGGGAGAAGGUGGAGAAAACCAUUUUAGACAAAAGAACCAACUGAAAAAAGACUUGUCCAAAGCAGUCAGUCAACAUCUGAAGAAUGAGAAGGACUGGCAUAGUUGGAGCCAUGGCAAGAGUCCCGUGUGUGGCUGAAGGAGAAGUAUGCUGGCCACACAAGGACUCUGAACUUUCUAGAAAAAAGCACCAGUGAGUUCUGAAGGCAUGGAGCUGGAGGGUUAACCUGAUAAAAUUAGUUCAUUCCUAAACAAA